GGGAAAAUACUACACAAGAUGAGCCCAUUGAUAUUGUGAAUAUCGAUGAAACGUGACCUUCCUAAUUACGGCUCACCUUCAGCUAGUGAUAUGAUGAUUUGCCUAAUGCCGAGGAAUCAGGAGAUAAUGUUCCAUUUGAGGCAUCAUCUAGUGAUGAUGAUUCUUUGACUCCCAAUCGAUCGCCAAGACCAAUGUCCAUGAGUCCGUUUCGUAAUCAUGAAAUUCCUAUCUUGAUCAUCUCUCGGAUGGUCCAGAUAUUUUUGGUGAUACACAUGAUGAAUAUACAUCACAACGUACGUGGCAUGAACCAGAAGAUUUCAUGAAUGAUGCUAUUUAUAUUGAAAAAGACAUGUUAUUCAAUUCAAAGAAGCAGUUGCAAAGAGCAGUUAAACUUCUACAUUUGAACAUAGCAAGGGAGUGCUUCGUUACUAAAUCAACAAAGAAAUCAUGGCGACUUGUUUGCAGGCGUGUAGAACAAGGAUGUCGAUUUUGAUUGACUUCUUUUAUUGAUAAACAUACUAACAUGUGAAAAGUUGGAAGACACAUUAAAGAACAAACAUGUGAUAUGGGUACGUGCCGCGAAGGGCAUUUCAACUUGGAUGUUGAGAUGAUUGCUAACGUCCUCCGUGUUGAUAUAGAAAGAACGCCAAGGUUUUCCAUCAAAGAUUGUCAAACAGUUGUUCUUAAAGCAUAUGACAUUUCAGUAAGUAAAAGAAAAGCCUAUCUUGAUCGCAAGCAUGCUUUUGAAAAAGUCUAUGGUACUUGGGAGUGUUCUUUUGCCGAGUUGCCGAGGUUCAUGGAAGCUUUGAAAUACUUCAAUGCUGGAACAGUAAUCAAUUGCAUGUUGAUAGUCAAGACACAUAUUGGUGCAGAAAUAGUCAAACAAUAACAUCCACCAUGUGGGAAAAUUAUGGAAGAUUUGUUGAUAUUUUUUCAAAAAAAAAAUAAUUUGAAAAUAUUUCAACUUAAAGCUAAACAAAAAGAUGAAUUUCUGUGUACUUUAUGACAUAGAUACUUUUAUUUUGUCUUAUAUUUUACGA